AUGGGCCUCCUGGCGAGUGGUUCUGCGUCCCUUCUCCUGACAUCCCUGCUUGUCUUCAUUUUCUGGAGCUUUUCUUACGUCUUGACCGAGGACCUGCAGGAGCGAGACGCCCUGUGCAACGCAGACGGUUGUCUGGUGGUGUACUUCCAGCGAAAGACCUUCUUAGAUGCUUGGAGGGCCUGCAAGGAGAAGGGUGGCAACCUGGCCACCGUUAGACGUGAGGCAGAUGCCGCCGCCGUUCAUUCUCUCUUCACAACUGUGGACUUACGCUACUCGCGCACCAAGGUCCAAGUAUGGAUCGGUCUUCAGCGUCAGCCCCGACAGUGCACCGCCACGAGACCUCUUCGGGGCUUUUCGUGGACGACGGGUGACCAGGAUACGGAGUACACCAACUGGCAGAAAGAGUACUCGCACGCCAUGUGCUCGGUGCCCCGCUGCGUGGUUAUGGGAUACAACACUCAGGAACCGAGUGAGAACUUCAAAUGGUUGGACGGGUCCUGUUCCGUACCUGUGGACGGCUAUCUGUGCCAUUACGCUUUCAAAGGAAUGUGUCCCGCCUUGUGGAACGAGGGUUCUGGUAACGUUUUCUACGCCACGCCGUUUGACCUCCUAAGCACCCUUCUGACCCACCUACCUUUGGGCUCUGUGGCGACCGUGCCCUGCGAGGAGAAACAGCAGUCAGUGAUGUGUCUCUCGAGGGAAGACGGUUCAGUCGGGUGGUCUAGAGACGGCCCCCUCUGCUCCGAUCCCCCGGAGUCGCAAGAGUGGUGUCAGCGGAAUAACGGCGGCUGCGAGCAUUUCUGCAAGCAAGCCGGCGCGCACUCGUACUGCGAGUGCGCAGAGGGGUACCGGCUCGGAGACGACGGCCAGAGCUGCGUUAAUUCUGACCUUCAGUUUGAUUGCGUGCCUCACUCAGACGGGUACGGUUGCGCCUGCCCUGAGGGUUACAUCCUGUCUCCGGAUGAACACAGAUGCGUGGAUGUAGAUGAGUGCCUGCAGAGUCCCUGUGAGCACAGUUGCUCCAACUCCCCCGGAACCUUUCAAUGUAGCUGUCGCGAGGGUUACCGCCUGGACGAGGGCAUCUGCGAGGACCUCGACGAGUGCUUGAGCGAUCCGUGCGAACACGCCUGCGAGAACACGGAAGGUUCCUUUGUUUGCCACUGCCGUUUGGGGUACUCGCCGCAAGAGGGGGACCCCACUCGGUGUCAGGACACGGACGAGUGCCAGAUCGCGGGAACCUGCGAGCAAAUGUGCUUCAACUACAUCGGCGGCUUCGAGUGCUACUGCGGAGAUGGCUACCAACCCGUCAUGGCCGAUUCGUCUUUGUGUCAGAAGAUAGGUGACGGAACCGCCGUCACCCCAGCCUAUCCUUGGCUUACCCCUCAGCCUGGGUCUGAGUGGGAUCCCGUGGAAUAUGAGUGGCCCCCGCAGCCUGGUCAGACGGCUUGGGAUCCAGUUGGGGAACAAUCUUUAGACUGGUUGACAGACCCUCCCAAAGUUUGGGGUUCGGAUGUUAUUUGGGUGACCAGUGAACCACAGGAGGACAUUUUUCAUCCUGCACCAGAGACCGUAACAGAAGAGGAAGAUACCAAUAGCCAUGCUGACACUUUUUCAACCACUGUCAAUAUCACACCAGCACCCACUACAAUUUUCAGCACCACUGUGGAAUUUUACGAAGAUGAGUACCAGGAAGAAGAACAGGAGACCACUCCUUUGCCCUUUUCUUCUACUUCUACGAUCUCAGAGGGAGCUUGGAAUUGGUGGGCGGGCUUUUCAACUCCGCACCAAAAUCAAGGAAAUCCACAGGAUAAAGCCACAGUGUCCGACAUGCUUACUGAUUCCAGAUACCACGAUUCAUCUGCGGAAGAAAAACAAGCGCCGGAGAAGGAAAAUCCGUCCCGAGAUGCUUCAACUCCACUCGAUCCCUUGCAACCUUUCACGAUCAGGAACUCUGAAGCCGGCCAAGAGGGCCGGGGGGCGAGUCAGAGUAGUACUUGGCUCCUGGUGGGCCUCUUGGUACCUAUCUGCAUCUUUGUGGUGUUAAUGGUAGUCCUAGGCAUCGUCUACUGUACCCGUUGCGCUGCACGGCCUAGAAGUAAGAGCGGCACUGACUGCUACCACUGGAUCUCUGGGGCUCACGAUAAACAGGGUGCUCCCGGCCCUUCGACGGGGGUCAAGAGCCACGUCUGA